GUUUUAUUCAUAGACCGUUAUACAGCAAAAUAAGUGAAAAUGGCGGCCGCUGUCGAUUCCGUGAGAGAAAAAGGUCUUCAAGAUUACAGGAAAAAACUCCUGGAACACAAAGAAGUCGAGUCUCGCCUAAAAGAGAUGCGAGAGCAUCUAAAAGAUCUUACGAAGCAGUAUGACAAGUCCGAAAAUGAUCUCAAGGCAUUGCAAAGCGUUGGUCAGAUCGUGGGAGAAGUUUUGAAGCAACUGACAGAAGAAAAAUUCAUUGUAAAAGCCACCAAUGGACCUCGUUAUGUUGUGGGAUGCAGGCGUCAAUUGGACAAAAAUAAAUUAAAAUCGGGUACCAGAGUCGCUUUAGACAUGACUACACUCACAAUUAUGCGAUAUCUGCCACGCGAGGUAGAUCCUCUUGUCUACAAUAUGUCUCACGAAGAUCCCGGAGAUGUGACGUAUUCUGCCAUUGGUGGAUUGAGCCAACAAAUUCGUGAAUUGAGAGAAGUGAUCGAAUUGCCCCUCCUGAAUCCUGAACUUUUCCAGAGAGUUGGAAUCACACCUCCCAAGGGUUGUUUACUUUACGGACCCCCAGGAACGGGAAAAACUUUACUUGCGAGAGCCGUGGCGAGUCAACUUGACGCCAAUUUCUUAAAAGUCGUUUCCAGCGCAAUCGUUGAUAAAUAUAUUGGCGAGUCGGCGAGAUUAAUUCGAGAAAUGUUUAACUACGCUCGUGAUCAUCAACCCUGCAUCAUAUUUAUGGAUGAAAUUGAUGCGAUAGGUGGUCGUAGAUUUUCAGAAGGUACGAGUGCUGAUCGCGAAAUUCAGCGAACCCUGAUGGAAUUGUUGAAUCAAAUGGACGGUUUCGAUUCGCUGGGACAAGUAAAAAUGAUUAUGGCGACAAACAGACCAGACACUUUAGAUCCCGCUCUUCUGCGACCGGGAAGACUCGAUCGAAAAAUUGAGAUUCCACUGCCAAACGAGCAAGCGAGGCUCGAAAUUUUGAAAAUUCAUGCUGGUCCGAUUGCCAAACACGGCGAAAUAGACUACGAGGCUGUUGUCAAGCUUUCAGAUGGUUUCAACGGCGCAGAUUUAAGAAAUGUUUGCACAGAGGCAGGCCUUUUUGCGAUUCGUCUCGAGAGGGAAUACGUUAUCCAGGAAGACUUUAUGAAGGCAGUGAGAAAAGUGUCCGACAACAAGAAACUAGAAUCGAAAUUGGACUACAAACCAGUGUAAUAUUUUGUCGAGACUCCGCGCUAAUUAGCUUCAAUGAAAUUAAGUUUUUUUUUUUCUUUCUUUUUUUAUUUUGUUUGUAUUUUACUGAAUCUGUAAAACUCACUCUGUAAUAAUUUUACAUAUACAAUUGUAAGUAAUAACAAGGCUUAUAAAAUAUACAAUUUAGUUUA